UCUGCUUAGUACACGACUUGUGCAGAUUGAUGGUGCAGGUGUGCAAUCGGCUUUCUAUGCUUGUCAUUUUCUGUUUAGUUGCUACUUGUCUGUCCUAUUGCUGUGUGGAGACGGGGAGGGAGCAGCGUUACUAAGGCCAGUCUUGUGUCAGGUAUAAGGGAAUAACAGUAUGGUGCCUUAACGGUGGUUUGUUUACCUAGCGAAGGAAAUGACUUCGAAGAAAGAACAACUCUUAUCUACAUUUACUUGUUCAAAACCUACUCUGCUAUUUUUUAAUUUUUACUUUUACUCUGGGCUUGGCAUGUAAAUAGUCUAUGUACUGAUGUGCCAUUGUUACAAAUGGAAAGGGAGUUUCACUUUGGGAACGUGAGCAUAUCCCUAGUGCUCAUGUUGUUUUUGAGGGCUCUGACUGGGACGUCUCCAACUCUAAGCUUUACCUCCGGGAGAGAGCCUCAAACCGCAGCCGCUCUGGGGUCACACAGAGCCGGGGAAGAUGGAAACGAAGGGGUGUUGGUGGAACGGGGCUUGGAAAGUAUCGGCGGUCCUCUUCCGGGUGUUAUCGGAGACGUGACCGUGGAGGAUCAUGAUGAUGAGAGCGGGGCGACCGGGAACGGAGAGGAGUCGUACGGAGAAAGUGACGGAAACAUCAGACCGAAACGCUCUCUGGUGAUCAUCAGUACUCUGGACGGUCGUAUCUCAGCUCUAGACCCCUACAACCAGGGACGCAAACAGUGGGACCUAGACGUAGGGUCAGGAUGUCUGGUCUCAUCCAGCCUCAGCAAACCAGAGGUGUUUGGUAAUAAGAUGUUCAUCCCAUCAUUGGACGGAGAGUUGUUCCAGUGGAAUAGAGACAGAGAGAGCAUGGAAGCUGUUCCCUUCAGUGUCGAGUCUCUCCUGGAGUCGUCCUUUCGCAUCGGGGAAGACACGGUCCUGGUGGGGGGAAAGAGUCUCACGAGCUACGGUCUGGGAGCCUACAGCGGCAAGCUGAGGUAUAUCUGCUCAGCAGUUGGUUGUAGCCGCUGGGGGGAGGAGGAAACAGAGCCUGAGGAUGUGUUGCUGCUGCAGAGAACCCAGAAGACCGUCAGGGCCGUGCGACCACGCUCCGGCUUGGAGAAGUGGAACUUCAGCGUGGGGAGCUUUGAGCUGAGGUUUGUUCCCGACAAACAGCUGACCAGCAACUUCCUGGAGGGAGAGAUGGCGAGCGGCGAGGCCAUGUGGAAGGAGGAGCAGAGGAACAGCGGGCAGAAGGUUAUCAUGGAGGAGACCACAGACAACCACAGACACACAACCACAGACACGCACACUGACACACCUGGGUCUGGGACACCAGACCUAGUCAUCAAGGUGUCUGUUCCUGACUGGAAGGUGAUGGCCUUCAGCACCCAGCCUGGAGGAAAGCUGGUCUGGGAACAGCAGUUCUGCACGCCCAUAGCCUCUGCCUGGUUGGUUGGAGGGGGGAAGGUAACGCCCAUCAGCCUGUUUGAUGACACGCCCUACAGCAGUCGUCCUGACGCGGAGGAGCAGGAGGAGGAGGACGAGGACAUUAUGGAGGCGGCUCGGGGAGCUACUGAGUCCAGCGUAUACCUGGGUAUGUAUCAGGGCCAGCUGUACCUGCAGUCGUCCGUCAAGAUCUCAGAAAGGUUCCCAUCUAAAGCCCUAAACGGGCCCGGUCCGGACCCGGACACCAUCCCUACCAUCAGAUGGAAACCUCUCAUACAUUCUCCAUCUCGGACUCCUGUUCUGGUUGGUUCUGAUGAGUUUGACAAAUGUCUGAACAACGACAAGUUCUCUCAUGAAGAGUACAGCAACGGAGCUCUGUCAGUCCUGCAGUACCCGUAUGACAACGGGUACUACUACCAAUACAGUAAGCGUUACCGUGGGCGACGCGGCGUGGCGGAGGUGUCUCUGCUGAAGGGUGGUGGUGCAGCGGUGGAGAGGAGGAGAAAGGAUCCGGUCCUGUUACUGCCCUGGUGGAAAGAGAUUCUAGGGACCAUGGUGUUCUGUAUCGCUGCUACCACCUAUAUAGUCAGGAAGUUCUUCCAACCCCCCGCCCCGGUGGAGUACAUACGGCAACGCAAGGAGUCGGAGACUCAGUGUCAGACAGACAGCAAGUAUGACCUUGAGGUGGCCGAACCCAAAGAGACGGUUGUCAUGGAGACCCGCCCCAGUGAAUAUGUAUCCAGGUACCUGACAGACUUUGAGCCGGUACAGUGUCUGGGUCGAGGAGGGUUUGGUGUCGUGUUUGAGGCUCGGAACCAGGUGGACGACUGCAACUAUGCUAUCAAGAGGAUCCGCCUUCCCAACAGAGAGCUGGCCAGGGAGAAGGUGAUGAGAGAGGUGAAGGCUCUGGCCAAGCUGGAACACCCAGGGAUCAUCCGUUACUUCAACGCCUGGCAGGAGAGCCCUCCAGAGGGCUGGCAGGAGGGACAGGACCAGCGCUGGCUGGAGGAGAGCACUACCGACUGGCCACUGAGCUCCCCCGACCACAUGGAGGUGCUGUCUGUCAAAGUGCCCAUCUCGUCUGUCUCCAGCCCUGUGAGAUCUGCGUCUGGGCUGGGCGGGGCCUUCAUGACUGACCACGACCAAUCCAUGCUCUCCAGAUCCGCAGGCGGGGCCAUGGGAUUUGGCUGUGGGGCUAUGGACUUCAGAGUUGGGACUGACAUCCCCUUCCCCCUGCUGAUUGGUCAGGACAGUAUGAUGUCAGAGCUGGACAGCCAACCAGACGCAGAGGCCUCGACUUCAGACACUCCCCACUCCUUUGAGCUAUGCCCCCCCCGCGGCCCCAGCGACUGCACCUCGUCUUCCUUUGACAUCGUGUUCGAGGACUCGGGCUGCGACCGUGACGCCGACCCUGACCCUGAGGUCAUGAUCCCCUCAGAAGCCUCCGGAUUGGCCAGUACCCCGCUCACUGAGAAGGCUAGCUCCUCCUCCUCCCACACCAGAAGAACCGACCCUUUCCCCGUACCCGUCCCACCCUCCUCCCCCUCCAUCCCUCCCUCCUCCUCUCCUCCACGCCCCACCUCGCUCUCCCUCUGCCUGGCCCCAAGCCCCUCCCGGACCCUCCCAACUCUGCGGCCCCAACCCUCUCCUAAAGUCUACCUGUACAUUCAGAUGCAGCUGUGUCGUAAAGACACCUUGAAGGAUUGGAUGUCUCAGAGAUGUCUGCCUGAACACAGGGAACAUUCUCAGUGUCUGGGCAUAUUUCUGCAGAUCUCUGAAGCCGUUCACUUCCUCCACAGCAAGGGCCUGAUGCACAGAGACCUCAAGCCCUCCAAUAUCUUCUUCACAGUAGAUGAUGUAGUGAAGGUUGGAGACUUUGGUCUCGUGACAGCCAUGGACCAGGAAGAGGAUGAGGAUGAUUCAGGGCCCCUAACUCCCAUGCCCAGCUACGCCCGUCACACUGGACAAGUCGGCACCAAACUAUACAUGAGCCCAGAGCAGUUGUCUGGUGACUUGUACUCUCACAAAGUGGAUAUCUACUCUCUGGGUCUGAUCCUGUUUGAGCUGCUCUGUCCUUUCAGGACACAGAUGGAGAGGGUCAGGACUCUGACUGAAGUCCGAGGGCUGCAGUUUCCUGCUGUCUUCUCCAAGAACAACGUCCAGGAGCUGGGCAUGGUCCGUAGCAUGUUGUCCCUUAACCCGGCGGAGCGUCCUGAGGCUGCUGACAUCACGGAGGAGCCUCUGUUUCAGGAACUGGAAGUUCCGUGUCGCCUGGCAGUCCGACAACGAUCCCGGACAUACAGCGCCUCGUCAGCCGGAUGGCCUGCACGCACCUCUAUAGCCUCUUCCUGAACACACACACACACCAACGCAACACACACACACGCAACACACAAGCAACACACACACACGCAACACACACACACGCACACACAUGCCAGUCACCCCUGUUCCCCCAUUCUCAGUCUAAUGCCAGACAGAACCUCCUCCCUCUGACACACCACCAAAGAGACCCUGUUGGACAUCUCUCUCACAUCGUUCCUACAGUAACCCUACUACAGUAACCGUACUCUCACACAGUGUUUGUUCAUUCAAUCUCUCCCUCCUGCUGAGCCCUGCUGAACCCUGUACCUUAUCAACCAUAUCUAGAUGACACCUUGUUCUAACAUGAACUGUCCUUAACAACUGGUAAACUAGUACUGAGAACUGGAGGCUGAGACAGACAUGCCUGACUUGGGUGAAAAACCUUUUCCUGCUAGUUCUGUUUAAGAUGAUUUAAAUGUAUUGCUUUAGGCCUUAGUAGGUUUGUGAGGUGUUAACUGCCUUGGUGUUUGUGAAUGCAUCAGAUAUCUGACCUGCCUUGGACCAGGAGACCUGCUCUGCCCUUAAUGAAUGGUGCUGGGGAAUGUUUCUACAGCAUGAUGGGGAUUACAGGGCUAAGAAUUCCUCAAGCUAUCUUCUUUUCUUUUGUUGUAAAUGUACAAAGUCAACUCUGUUUAAGUUGCUAGCCAGAGCAGGACAAUGAUUUUCCAAAAUGUUCUCCCUGACAAUUUUGUAAAUAAGUAAACAAAAAAAAUUCAAAUGAUUGUAUGUUGUUAAAAGAUGCGGUGUGGUCACACCUGUGUAUAUAUACGGACUGAGACUGUAAUACGGUUCCAUUGCUUUGUAAAUGGCACUGACAGAAUGAAGCAUUAUGAUAUCUGAUGAAGGGAGAGAGAGGAUAGCUGCACUUGAUCGCUAGCUGAAUGUGAUCUGGUCUCUUAAGCCCGGAGGAUACUGUGUCAUAGGUUCUUUCUAUCUAAGAAAUAGAAGGGAGAGUGGAUGUAUUUCUAAGUUAACUGUCACCUAGGGGCCAGAUUCAGUCCGAUCACGUCAGGUCCUCUCUGCACCUUUUAAAGACCAUAUUCCCAUGUUUGCGUAGACCACAUUCACGGAAAACGCUCCCUAUGUUUUGUUUUUCCACCUUUUAUUUAACCAGGUCGGCCAGUUGAGAACAGGUUCUCAUUUACAUGUUGUCAUCUCAUGUUGGCUUGAUUACAACUGGCCUUUAAAUGUCUAUUGCUCGGUCUGUAUUUCAUUUAGAACAAGAAUGAACUGAUUCUAAGUUGAGGAGGACCUCCCAAUAACAUGUUGGACCUUUGAUAAACACCAUGUUUUCUCCUCUGGACAGGAGAGCAGUGCUUUAGAAAAGUCUGAUCAAGUCCUUGUUACUCUUAUCACUGAUAAUUGUAAUGUACUAUAAUUAUUGUUUUAUCAAUUGUACUUUUUCUAAUGAUUUUUGAAAGGCUUUUUUUCAUAUAAUCCUGCAAGCUUUUUUGAUUACUGUAAAGUUUUUGAUUACUGUAAAGUUUUUGAUUACUGUAAAGUUUUUGACUGAAGAAGCUGAUAAAUUUACAGCAGAGAUCUGGUUCUGUUGAGUAGAGAUGAGAGAGGAGAGUCUCCUGAGGUAGAGCUGGUUCUGUUGAGUAGAGAUGAGAGAGGAGAGUCUCCUGAGGUAGAGCUGGUUCUGUUGAGUAGAGAUGAGAGAGGAGAGUCUGCUGAGGUAGAGCUGGUUCUGUUGAGUAGAGAUGAGAGAGGAGAGUCUGCUGAGGUAGAGCUGGUUCUGUUGAGUAGAGAUGAGAGAGGAGAGUCUGCUGAGGUAGAGCUGGUUCUGUUGAGUAGAGAUGAGAGAGGAGAGUCUACUGAGGUAGAGCUGGUUCUGUUGAGUAGAGAUGAGAGAGGAGAGUCUGCUGAGGUAGAGCUGGUUCUGUUGAGUAGAGAUGAGAGAGGAGAGUCUGCUGAGGUAGAGCUGGUUCUGUUGAGUAGAGAUGAGAGAGGAGAGUCUGCUGAGGUAGAGCUGGUUCUGUUGAGUGGAGAUGACAGAGAGUCUUCUGUUGAGUAGAGAUGAGAGAGGAGAGUCUACUGAGGUUUGGUCAAAAUAAAAUCACUUAUUUUUGAUGUUUUUUUAUAACCCAAACUGGGUUGAACCAAUAAGGCUGAAACAACAGGGAGGGACCUUGCUGAACUUGUCCAAUAAAAAAAACUCUGGUUUUCCAUUGCAAAACGUUUUGCUACGGUGUGCACUAAUGAAUACACCCCUGGUUUAAAUGUUCAGACUAGAUCUUACAGUUUAUAACCUUUUCCCUUUGACCUACUGUAUCCGAGUCCCAGCAAAGAGGGUUGUUUUAUUUGUAUUCAUGUUUUAUGGACUAUUAUGAAGGAAUUAUCGUUCUUUGACUUUGCCUUCAAACUCUGAGAACAACUGCAGCAAGUACCUAAAUUGUAUUUCUGUCUGUCUGCAAUCAAGAGUAUCUAAGACCUUUAGAUAAUACUGUCAUCUCUGCUUUUAGUUCUAGAAGUAGUGUUAUAAAUGACAACUAUAGUUGAAUUAGUUUAUAAGAUAGUUAUCUAACGGAUAUUAAGUUUUUCUGUCUCCUUCUCUUCCUCCCUCCUCCUCUCUUCUUCUCUUCCUCCCUCCUCCUCUCUUCUUCUCUCCUCCCUCCUCCUCUCUUCUUCUCUCCUCCCUCCUCCUCUCUUCUCUUCUUCUCUCUUCUUUCCCUGGAUGUCUGGUUCUGCACCUCUGACCUCUCCCUUGAACCCUAACCUUUGACCUGUAGUUAAAUCUAUCUGUCCAUCUGAUCUGGUAAUGAUGUAAAUAUGUUUAUUUUGUUUUAUUUAUGUUUAAUGCCGAAAUCAAUCAGUUUUGGGUUGGUGGUACAUAUAUAUAUAUAUAUAUAAAUAUAUGAUGAAUGCACUUCGUCCCAUGAAGUGCAUUGAAAUAUGGUGACUUCUUCCAAGUCUUACAUUUAAUAAACACUUCUAUUACAUUUGUAAA